AUGGCUUCAUUCCCCGAAUCCGAUCUGCAAACAUGUCCACUUUGCAAGGAACUGUGCGGGUCUUCUGCUCCGAUCUCCUCCAACUCGUCUACCUCCUCAUCCUCGUCUCAGACCUCCAGCUCCUCUACCUCAUCUGCCCGAAGGCUCCAUGUUCUGCCCUGCCUCCAUGCCUUCUGCAGGCAGUGCUUGGAGGGGCAGCGCAACCCCGGGGACCCCUCCAAGCUGCGGUGCCCUACCUGUGACCAAAAAGUCUCAAUCUCCGAGUCCGGGGUGGACUCUCUGCCAUCGUCCAAUUUCCUCUUCAGCAACCUGUUGGACGUGGUGGUGUCGUCCGAAGAGCAGAACAAGAACGGCUGCAGGAGCGGUGGCUACCACCACCCCCACGGGGGCCUGCACCGUCUCCACCGCCUCGGGGACCCCCACUGCAGCUCCUGCGACGAAGGAAACCCUGCUACCUCCCACUGCCUGGACUGCCAGGAGUACCUCUGCGACAACUGUGUUCGCGCACACCAGCGAGUCCGCCUGACCAAAGACCACUUCAUCGAACGGCUGAUGGAGACCCUGCACCUGGCCAACCGCACCAGCAACUCCAGUACCCCCGUCACGCUCUCCCAGUCCUUCCAUUCGAACUACCCGCUGCUGCCCAUCUUUCAGGAUAGGAUGAGCUUCUGCCAGCACCAUGACAACGAGGUGUUCCGGUUCUUCUGCGACACGUGCUCGGUGCCCAUCUGCAGAGAGUGCAGCGUGGGCCGCCACAUGGGACACAGCUUCAUCUACCUCCAGGAUGCUGUCCAGGACUCCCGCGCCAUCACCAUCCAGCUGCUCGCAGACGCACAGCAGGGCAGACAGGCCGUGCAGCUGAGCAUGGAGAAAGUGCAGGCCAUCGCUGAGCAGGUGGAGAUCAAAGCAGAGGCGGUGCAGACAGAGGUGAAGGCCAUGGCACUGAAGCACAAGAAGGCCCUGGAGGAGCGCGAGUGUGAGCUACUGUGGAAGGUGGAGAAGAUCCGGCAGGUGAAGGCCAACUCUCUGUACCUGCAGGUGGAGAAGCUUCAUCAGAACCUGAGCAAGCUUGACAGCACCAUUGCGGCAGUGCAGCAGGUCCUGGAGGAAGGUCGCAACAUGGACAUCCUGCUUGCCCGCGAGCGCAUGCUGGCCCAGAUCCAGGAGCUGAAGAGCCUGCGGGGCUUGCUGCAGCCCCAGGAAGAUGACCGCAUAAUGUUCACACCACCAGACCAGGCGCUCUUCAUUGCCAUCAAGUCUAUGGGCCUGAUCAGCAGCGGUGCCUUCGCCCCUGUCACCAAGGCCACGGGCGAAGGCCUGAAGGGGGCGCUGAAGGGGAAGGUAGCCUCCUUCACCGUGGUGGGUUACGAUCACGACGGCGAGCCCCGGCUGUCUGGCGGCGAUGGCAUCUCAGUGGUGGUGAUGGACGUGGAUGGUAACCUGUCGGUGGCUGAUGUGUCGGACCACCAAAAUGGCACAUACACGGUGAGCUACCUGCCCAAGACCGAGGGCGAGCACCUCCUCUCAGUGUUCAUCUGCAACCAGCACAUUGAGGGGAGUCCCUUCAAAGUGCUCGUCAAGGCUGGCCGCAACUACGGGGGCGUAGGCGUGCCGAUGGCCUCCUUUGGAGGGGAGGGUGAAGGGGAUGGCCAGCUGUGCCGGCCCUGGGGCAUCUGCGUCGACAAGGAGGGCUACGUAGUUGUGGCUGACCGCAGCAACAACCGCGUGCAGAUCUUCAAGCCUUGCGGAACCUUCCACCAUAAGUUUGGCACCCUGGGCUCCCGCUCUGGGCAGUUUGACCGGCCUGCCGGUGUGGCCUGUGACUCCCAGAGGAGGAUCAUCGUGGCUGAUAAAGACAAUCACCGUAUCCAAAUCUUCACCUUUGAGGGUCAGUUCCUUCUGAAGUUUGGGGAGAAGGGAAGCAAGAACGGACAGUUCAACUACCCAUGGGACGUGGCCGUCAACUCUGAGGGGAAGAUUCUGGUCUCUGACACCCGCAACCACCGCAUCCAGCUCUUCGGGCCUGACGGGGCAUUCCUGAACAAGUACGGCUUUGAGGGGGCCCUCUGGAAGCAUUUUGACUCGCCCCGGGGCGUGGCUUUCAAUCACGAGGGACACCUGGUAGUGACAGACUUCAACAAUCAUCGGCUGCUGGUGAUCCGGCCGGACUGCCAGUCGGCCCGCUUCUUAGGCUCCGAGGGCACAGGCAACGGGCAGUUCCUUCGUCCACAGGGGGUCGCUGUCGACCAGGAGAACCGCAUCAUUGUGGCGGACUCCCGCAACCAUCGGGUCCAGGUGUUCGAACCCAAUGGCAACUUCUUAUGCAAGUUUGGCACUCAGGGUAAUGGCUUUGGGCAGAUGGAUCGCCCAUCCGGUAUAGCCAUUACACCUGAUGGUGUAAUUGUUGUUGUUGACUUUGGAAACAACCGAAUCCUCAAGUUCUGA